AUGUAAUAAUCAGUGAAACUUAUUUGCUAUUGCCCUAGUGAAUGUGUAUGCAAGUUAAAUCAACCAAGGCAAUGGUAUCAUUCCUAAUGCUCAGGACCUUUAUAUAUUACAUCAGAAGGAGAUGUUUUUUGCAAUUCAAAAGGUUGCUAAACUUCCUUUAUUAAGGAUCACAUUUUCUAAUGUGAAAAGGCAAAAGCAGCCUCAAAAAGUUGCAAAUUUAAAUCGGUAUCAGAAUGUAUGAUGACUUUUGCGGCUUCGUUCUAAUAAACUGAGCUUGUAGAACAAAAUUUGAUGUAAUUUACGGAAAAUUUUGUAAUACAAAUUCGUAAGAGAUGGUAUUAAUGA